CCCCCCCCAAGGGCCCCAGCUUUCUCAGACGCUCUCUCUCUCUCUCUCUGGUUCAAGUCUCUCCCAUUCUCCAACCAUUGUCGUCCCUUGGAAUUCUUCUCGGACUAUUUUGGCCUUUCAGCGCUCCAUACCAGCCGAUUUUUGUGGUUUAAGCAAAGUUAUUUUGGAUAAAUGUACAUAGCUGAUUCAGUGAUUUCAGCAAAACUUCGUCCCUGAUUUUUGCGUUAACUUCACGACGCAGAAACGUGAAAACCCAACAAAUUCUAGCAGAAGUCUAAACUAAUACACUCACAGAAAGAGACGCGGAGAAAGAAAUAAGAGUUUUUUUUUUUUUUCUUCUCUGAAGGGGACGGGGCGGUCAAAGUAGAAACACCAAUAUAGGCCAUUAUUCAUUGGGUUUUGACUAGAAUUUCGUGUGUUUUGCGUGAUUUCUGAAGUGGGUUCUGGAGGCUUUGGCGUACAAACCUGGAAAUGAUUGUGAGCUCCUUCUGCAAUGCAGACUCAAAGUUCUCGGUAGAAGAAGGGAUAGAGGUAGGAAAGAUGGCGACGGAACACAAAAGGAGCCCCUGUUCUGUUGAACAAAGCAGUCUCACUUCUCUUACAUCUAAACGACACAAGGCCGAUUUAUCUGCCAAGGAGAGGAAGGAGAAGCUCGGUGAGCGAAUUGUGGCCCUGCAACAGCUUGUUUCACCAUAUGGGAAGACAGAUACAGCUUCUGUCCUUUGGGAGGCAAUGGAAUACAUACAGUUCCUUCAUGAACAAGUUAAGGUGUUGAGUGCUCCAUACCUUCAAAAUAGCCCAACUAAAAUGCAGGAAUUAGGAGCAUACAACCUGAGAAGUAGAGGAUUAUGUCUUGUUCCAAUCUCCUGCACUGCUGGAGUGGCUCGAAGCAAUGGUGCAGAUAUCUGGGCCCCCAUUAAGACCACUUCCCCUAAACUCGAGAAGGCUAUUUCACAAUUCAAUUGAGACAAUUUGGUGCUCAGAAACCAGAGGGUUUUGAUCAUCAACCUUUUUAUUGUGCAACAAAUUUUUGUUGGGCAGAUGCAAAACUUGUGAUUGAAUCUUUAGCUAGCACAAAGCAUCAUCCGUGGAAAUAUGGCGUUCGAAUGGGAAAAUCUUUCAACUGUCUGAAAACAGUAUUUUCCCACACCAUAUUCUAGUGCCGAAUGUGUAUUUCUAUACUGAUUAUGCGAAAAUGUAUAUUUAGAAACUUGAGAGUUGUAUAAUGACCAUCAUAAUAUGAAUUAAUGAAUGUGUGGGGAGGUUAACAUAA